CCUUGAUCCACGUCUACUCUUCCAUUGUUCUUGUCAAGUUAUAAAAGCUAUGAGAGAGAGCAAGAUCUUCAAAUAUGACUAUAGCUUCUUCUACUUCUUCUUGUUUACUCUUAUGAUCUUGAAGAUAUUGUUCUUCAAGUGUGCUUCAUCUCAAGUAGUUUAUACAGUCGGUGAAGAUGAAGGAUGGAAUUCUGAAGCAAACUUCGAUUCCUGGUCACAGAAAUAUAACUUCAGCGUCGGUGAUGUUCUUGUUUUCAAGUAUGUGAAGGGGCAACAUAAUGUGUACGAAGUAACAGAGGACACAUUUCGAUCAUGCGAUGCAAGCAAUGGAGUAAUAGCAAAGUAUGAGAGUGGAAACGAUGAGAUAAAGCUGAACAAAGAAAAGAAGUAUUGGUUCAUAUGCAAUGUGGUUGGGCAUUGCCUUGGAGGAAUGAGGCUUAAUAUUGAUGUGGGGAAAGGAAAACAAGCCAAUUCCUCUUCAAAUGGUGAAACAAUCCCACAAUUGGAACCAACGCCACCACCCACUUCUUCAUCUUCAUCUUCAAGUUUUUCCGUGGGGAUUUGGAUUUGCUUUCUUGCUCUCAGAAUUUUGUUCAAAUUCUUUCCCUGAAGGAAAAUUUAAUUUUCUUGUAUUGGUUUUUUAGAUUAAAUUUCGUUUUUAAUGUAAUUACUUCAGCCCAUUAAAGAGAAGGUACCAUCAAGAACUUGACUGGA